CGCAUGCGCAGUGCAGUGCGUCACAAGCGGCUGUGUUUACAUCUGUUGAAAACAUUUAUCACUUUUUGGGUCCUUAUUAACGGCCUGCAACGCUUGUGCCAGUUAAUCACUGCACACGAUGAGCACGGAGCCCGCUAGCCUGGAGAGCCUGCGUGUACUGUAUCACAGUGAUGACUACAUCGUGGUGGACAAACACUGGGACAUCCGCAUCGACAGCAAGAUGUGGUACGAGAAGAACACCGUACAGGCACAGCUUCGCCACCGCUUCCCUCAGCUGGCUGACCCACGCACCUACUAUGGAUUUCGGUUCUGUCAUCAGUUGGAUUUCUCCACAAGUGGAGCUCUUUGUGUUGCCCUGAAUAAAGCUGCCGCUGGCCGGGCUUACCGCUGCUUCAAGGACCGCACCGUGACCAAAUUCUACCUCGCUCUGAUACGUGGGGCGGUCGAAGGAGAGACGCACACUGUGGACUUCUCCAUCGGCAAGAACUCCACGGAGGGAAAAACACAUAUGAUGUGUGUUGAGGGAACAGAAGGUUGUGAGAACCCCAAGCCUUGCCAGACUGAGCUCUUAGUGUUAGAAUAUGGGUUAUAUGAUGGAGACCCUGUUACCAAGGUGCUGCUGCAGCCUCUCACUGGUCGAACCCACCAGUUAAGGGUCCACUGCAGCGCUUUAGGCCACCCUAUUGUCGGGGACUUCACCUACAGCUCGGGAACAGACAACUCCCCGUACCGCAUGAUGCUGCACGCACACCUCCUCCACAUUCCCCUCGAACCUCAGCCACUGCGCGUCACUGCUGGAGACCCUUUUGUCCCAGCGGUUGAUCCCAAGUGGCUCCCGCAGUACUCAUUAAGGACACUAGAGGCCACUGUGGAGGCCCUGAUACACCGCAGGGAGGAGGAGGACAGGAAGAUUAAAAAGGAAGAGCAAGAGAGAGCGAGAAAAGAAGAGGAGGAUGAGAGGAGAAAACGAAGCAAGGAGCAGAGCACUGAGGAGGAGAGUGAGGAGCAGAGGAGACAGUGCCAGCAGUGGCUGAGUGAAUGGGCUGGAGAUUGAUUUAUUAUUACUAUUAUUAUCAUUAUUACUUUUCAUGGGUUUCGCUGUCUCCUCGUGCAUGUUGAGCAUGCAUUUUAUUUGAGUGUCCACAUCUGUUUCAUUUCAGCUGCAUCUUAGGAGGUGGUUUAACGCCGUUACGUUCUCACAAACAAGUUAAAAUCACAAAAAGGCAUGUGUGAGCAUAGUUUAUGCUGCACUACUGGAAUGUCCACACUAUACCCACUGCAAGCUGCGAAACAAGUGCCUUGCUCAAGGUCAAGUUAAUAAGAGUUCCUUGUUGCUUUUUUAAUUUUAAUGUGCCAACAUUAUAAGAAAUUGGCCUUUUUCUGAACUACAAAAGCAGAUGUUAGUUUCUCCCAGAAAAAAAACUGUUUUUAAACUCGUGUGAUUGGUUAUUUAUGAUACAAAGCACUGACAUGCAUGAAGUCCCACAUGAAACAUACUGUAUCUGUAAACACUACUCAGCAUCCUGCCUGGGACUUUAAUGUUUGUGGGCAGUUUUACAGCUUUAUGUCUGUUUUAGUCCAGUACAAAUACCCUCACUUGCCACUUUGUUAGGUACACCCAUUCAGCUGCUCAUUAAUGCAAAUAUGGGAUCAGCCAAUCGCAUGUCAGCAACCCAGUGCAUUUAGGGCCGUCAACAUGGACAGAAAGACCUGCUGAAAUGCAAACUGAGCAUUUUAAUGGGGCAGAAACAUGAUUUAAGUGACUAAGCUUGGUGUGGAUGUUAGUGUUAGAUGGCCUGAUCUAAUGUACUGGGACUUUACCACAGAAGGUUUUACAGAGACUGGUCCAAAAGCUGAGGAAAUAUUCUGUGAGCAGCAGUUCUCUGGUCAGAAAUUCCUUGUUGGUGUCAGAGAACAUGUGGGGGGGGGACAACCCAUAUCAGAGAGUUCAGGUCAUCUUGCUGUACUCAGCGCCUACAGUCACCAGGUUUCAGUCAAAUGGGGAAUUUUCGCGAUAUGGUGGGACGGGAAAUUAACAUCAUGGAUGUACAGCUGAAAGAUCUGCGUCAACUGUUUGAUGCUGUCAUAUCAGUGUUUCCAGCACCUUGUUGAAUCUGUGCUGCGAAGAAUUAACGCAGCUUUGGAAACAAAAAUGGGCCCAAUCUGGUACUAGCAAGGUGUAUCUAACAAAGUGGCCAGUGAGUGUACAGAGCACUGAUGUGGUGUACAAAGUUCAUCUGUCCACUAUUUUUAAUAAUGGCAUGAAAAAUUUAUAUUUUUUACACUAUUAUUCUAUAAUUUUGGGGGGAUUUUCCCCCUUAAAAUCCCAUCAAGUACCACAAACAACAUUUGAAUUUUAAACUGGUAUAUAUGAUUAAAAACUUGGGAUCAGCUAUA